GCGGAAAAAGCAGCGUCAGUUUGAGUGAAGACGUCGUGAAGGUUGGCUGUGCUGCACCACGCUGCUACAACUUUCCAGCACUUUCAAUAGCUUUAAGACUUCGCAGGGUCCUGCUGUAGUGGGAGAAAAUGAUUCCUAGGUACUUGAUAACACUGCUGAUGUUGGCAGUGGUGGGAGCACAGCUUGACACUUCCCAAGUGGUGGAAGACCAGAUCGACGCUACUUCCCCAGUGGUGGAAGACCAGCACGAUACUUUCCCAAUGGUGGAAGACCAGGACAACACUUACCCAGUGGUGGAAGACCUGCUGCACGACACUUACCCAGUGGUGGAAGACCAGCCCGACACUUACCCAGUGGUGGAAGACCAGCCCGACACUUACCCAGUGGUGGAAGACCAGCCCGACACUUACCCAGUGGUGGAAGACCAGCCCGACACUUACCCAGUGGUGGAAGACCAGCCCGACACUUACCCAGUGGUGGAAGACCAGCCCGACACUUACCCAGUGGUGGAAGACCAGCCCGACACUUACCCAGUGGUAGAAGACCAGCCCGACACUUACCCAGUGGUGGAAGACCAGCCCGACACUUACCCAGAGGUGGAAGACCAGCCCGACACUUACCCAGUGGUGGAAGACCAGAUUGACGCUACUUCCCCAGUGGUGGAAGACCAACCCGAUACUUACCCAGUGGUGGAACAUCAGCCCGACACUUACCCAGUGGUGGAAGACCAGCCCGACACUUACCCAGUGGUGGAAGACCAGCUCGACACUUACCCAGUGGUGGAAGACCAGCUCGACACUUACCCAGUGGUGGAAGACCAGCACAACACUUACCCAGUGGUGGAAGACCAGCACGACACUUACCCAGUGGUGGAAGACCAGCACGACACUUACCCAGUGGUGGAAGACCAGCACGACACUUACCCAGUGGUGAGAGGACGAAGGAAAACUUCUCCCAGAAAAGAAAGGUGUGAACACCUGAAGCUAACAUACACAUGCACAGAUUUACCGGUAUUGAUUGUUGACUUUGAUCAGGUAUCCGUACGAACAUGCGGCUCCUAUCAUCAUCCAGAAAUGUUAGAGACGGUGAUUGGUGUUUCCUGGCAGGAAGCCGAUGAACUACAACUGCCCUUAGUACAUCGAUCCUCUGGCAGGGAGAGACGUAUGGCAAGUCUCCUUAUACCUACAGCUCUUGUUCACCUAGCAAUAAAUAUGUGCCUGGGUGUUUAUAGUGCUGCAGAUGGUAUUUUGGGGAAAGGUGAAAUGUUAAUUAAAAUGGAUAUGGGCCACCACGAGAACUGCUCUGGUCCUAGUAUGUUGUCCCCCUCCCCCAUUCAAACGCGGAACUUUGUUUCCCUCCCCACACCUGACAGCUCGUCACACCCACCCACACCUGGCACCCUGUCACGCCUACUCACACCUGGCACCUCGUCACACCCACCCACACUCCACCAUGCGCUCUCACUCAGUGUGCUCACCUUCAACUCACGGAACCCGCUCAACUCUGACCUUUGGCUGGAUGUUGCUAUGGCGCUGGAGGCUGGCUGA